AUGGAGGACAACAAAACAUGUCUUAGUGAUCGAGAGCAGCUGGGACUCAAGUUCACCAUUGAUUACCUGUUGUACAAUAAGGGACACAACACUGAAAUAGCAGAACCAGAAGACAAUUCAUCUCCAUCUGAAGACCUUCAAACCACAGUCAAUGGGCAAACACAAGGAACUCUCUCAGAGCACCAGGAAAAUGAAAAGGAUGGAUGUGAAGAGGAACAUGAAAAGCAGAAUCUACAGAAUGAGGGAAUAGAGGAGAAGCCAACCCAAUCCUACAUUGCCCUAAUUUCAAUGGCCAUCCUGGAUUCAGAAGAGAAGAAGCUCUUGCUAUGCGAUAUUUACCAGUGGAUCAUGGAUCACUAUCCAUUCUUCAAAAGCAAGGACAAAAACUGGAGAAACAGUGUGAGGCAUAACCUCUCUUUGAACGAGUGCUUUAUCAAAGUGGGUCGCAGUGACAAUGGCAAAGGUCAUUUCUGGGCAAUUCAUCCGGCCAGCUUUCAAGACUUCUCUAACGGGGACUACCACCGGCGACAAGCCCGGAGAAGGAUCCGCAGAGUAAUGGGGCAGCUUCCCUUCACACUACCUGCACAUUACCAGAUCCUCAACCGCAUGAAAUGGACACCGUGCUGGUGCUGGCCACCCUCUCAUACAUUAAUGAGUUUCUUACCCAGAGUGUACUGGAACUGGGCUACACUUCAUGCAAUACGUCCACCCUCCCUUCAUGCACUGAUAUGA